UAAUUCUAAAAAUUAAUGAGUAUAUCAGAUGCUAGACCAUUAAAAAUAGUUGUAGUAGGAGAUUCAAAAGUAGGUAAAACAACUUUAAUUCAUAAUUAUCUCGAAUAAACUUAAGGAAGAUUAUCUAUAUAAAAAUAACAAUUAGAUUAUUAAAUAAUUUAAGUUCAAAUUUAGUAAAAUGAAUAUUGUGUAGCAAUAUGGGAUGCUGUUGGAUUAGAAUUAUAAAAUUAAAUGAAUCGCUUUUUAGUUAAAGAUGCUCAUGUAGUCAUGCUAUGUAUUGAUUUAAGUAAAUAAAUUUUAAUUCAAUCAAUCUAUACAAUGAUGGAUACUCUAAUAAGUUACUGUCAAGAAUAAUGUCAAUUUGUUUUAGUUGGAACCAAAUAAGAUUUAAAUUCAUAGAAUACUUAAAUAUUAAAUCAAUUUUUCUUAGAAUUAUAACAAAAAUAUCAAAACUUAAAACUAUUAUUAACAGUGUCAAUCUAUAAUGAAGAUUCAAUAAAAUAAGCAUUCUAAAAAACCUUUGAAUUGGGGGCUAGUCUAGAUAAAUCUUCAAUAACAAUUUUAUAAGUACAUAAAUUAAUUUUAUAAAGAGUUUUAUUUUGUAAAGAAAUGAAAAUAAUUCUGUUUUAAAGAAGUAUUCAAAUAGAGAGAGUAAAGCAUAAAAACAUGAUAAUUGUUGUUGA